AUGUGUAUACAUUUUAAAUGCGUUAAUUUCUACAAGUGGUCCGUGGUGUGCGAAAAAGUGCAGUACUCAAACCGCUUAACGGAGGAGUGGUAUAGCUUGGCUGUCGAGAGGAGCGCUAGCAACAAGGCGCAGCGUCGGCGUAGACGUAGUAACAGUAGUAGCAGCAGUAGCAGUAACAGCAGUAUUAGCAGCAGCAGCAGUAGUAGCAGUAACAGCAGCAUCAGCAGUAGCAGCAGCAUCAGCGUCAGUAAUGGCAGCAGGAGGUGCGGCAAAGAUGUUCAUAAAAAGACAAAGAGGAAUAAGCAGUUGGAGUUAAAAAAACUAGCGCUGCGGCAGGAAUUUGGUAUAGCAUUAUCAUCGAUUGAAGUACAAAGUACUUUCCGUAGUUGUCAGAAGCGACAUGGGGAAGAUCUUCGAUUUAAUGGAGUUGGGGAACCGAUAGAGCUAGAUGACUCAAGCCUAAUAGAAUAUUUCAUAGAAGGCAUACCAGGCUCAAAGUCGAACAAAAACAACCUAUACCAGGCGAAAACUAUACAGGAUUUGAAGGAGCAGAUCAAGGUAUACGAGAGUAUUCGUUACAGAAAGUCACAACCCGUUAAUGGGAACCAGGAGAUGGCAUCGUCGUCAAACAAGGACUUCCAGAAAGCAGUUCCAUUUAGCAGGAAAUGUUUUGUCUGCGGAGAUUCAUCACAUCACGCUAGAAGCUGUUCACGCAAUAAGACAUCGUGUUACUAUUCCAGUAAAGAGGGUCAUCGUGCAGCUAACUGUAAAGCAGGAAGGAAAACUCCUGAAUCGGAACGAAGCAGCGUGAAUAAUAUGACAGAUGAAGGUGAAAUCGUGAAAUCGGAGAAGCGGAGUGGAUUGAUUUUUAAAGAUUCGACGUCUAAAAAUAUUAUAAAGCACCCAGAUGUGUCGUCUAUGUCAAAACCAGCUACCCUAAAAACUCCAACGACCUCAACUUCUAACGAACCGUCAACUUCUCGUGGUAGUUGUGGCUUAGAAAGUAGUGUUGAUGUUUAUGCUUCCGACCACACCGAUUUUGACGACGAUGACUACGAGCCACCACCAACAAGGUCAAAAACAGAGCCACAUCUGAUAACUCAAAGCGAACUUUAUGAUCUGAUUCGCGAACUUGAUCUGCCAAAAGAGAAAUCAGAACUUUAA